AUGGGCUUUGCACUGCAAUGGAUUCAACAAUGGACAGGCAUCUUGGCCAUUGUCUCAUGGGCCGGCAAGCUCUUCAGCCUGGUGGGCUUCGACUCGUACAAGUCGCUCUGGCUCGCAGGACUUGUCAACUCCCUGGGCGUGCCGGGAACUGCAGCUGCGGCACUCGUAAUCGAUCGAAUGGGCCGCGUCAAGUCGUUGUUGGUUUCGUUUGUCAUUCAAGGCGUCUCGCUCUUUCUUGUGGCCGCUCUCAUCAAAACAUGGGAGGACCGUGCCGCAACUGAUCCAGACUUGUUCUUUUGCAUGUUUGAUAUUGUACCCUCGUGGAUCUACGGUCUUGAGAUCUGGCCACAGGAAAUCCGUGCCAAGGGGUAUAUGUUCACUAUUUUCGGGUGGGCUACCGGCUGCGGUAUGACCCAAUCCGUUAUUCCCAUUCUACUUGACAAACUGGGAUGGGCGACCUACGUGUUUUUCGGCGCCUUGAAUAUAGUAGCCUUCCCUAUUGUAUGGCUUACUUAUCUCGAGGUUGCCGGUAGGUCAUUGGAGGAAGUGUCGUUGCUCUUCACGAGUGACAGCAUCUUCGUGAGCAAGAAUAUGGACGACUACGAGCGCCGGAUGCAUCAAGCAGACGGAAAUGUCGCCAUUGCCGUCCGCCCCCUUCUUGACGAAGUGGAUGGAGAGUCUUCACCUGUCCUAUCGAUUGAGACCGCUGAGAAGGGUUCUGGGGAGAAGGCUCAUGGGCAAUCAGUUGUAUCGUAG